UCUUUCAACAGAUGUCAAUUUUCUUUUUGCGUGCCUUUAAAUAUCGUCAAUUGCCUAAUAAAAUUCUCUGCAUACAUUAAAAAUUCGAUACCAUGAAAAUUUUUGCUGGAUUAAUACUUUGCAUUGGGAUCGGUGUGGUCUCUUGUGACCAAUUAUGUUAUUUGAAUCGAGUCUUCAAAUGUCGGUGGAAUUUGAAUUAUGGUGCUGGAUGGUGUCAAAGUUCACUUGAUUUGGCAAGAUGUCAAAUACAGGCCGCUGAAGAAUGUAACACGGGAUUCGCUGAUGUUGCAAGAAAAGUGUUAUUUCAUUUAACUGAGGCAUGCGAUGAAAGUUCUACGUUAAAAAUAGACUUAACAGGGUCUUGUGGAUUAGGAAUGUUUGAAGAGCAUCCGGAAUGUUUGGCUGAUUACAAUAAAGAAUUCGGAAGACCUGGUAGAUAUCCAUUUGAUGUAAUUGAUAAUGAAAGAAUUCUAUGCAAACACACUCCCUCCAUUACCAAGUGUUUUAGAAAUAUCAUCGAAAACGAAUGCACACUAAAGGAGUAUUUGGCUUUCGUUAGUGUUAUGGAACCCACUGCUGAAUUACAAGAACGAGUCUGUGAUACAAUUCCAAUUGAUUUUUAAAAUAUAUUGAUAUUGAUAUUGUAU